CGGUACGCGGGGUGACAGCCCCGUUAAAAGGCAGCAGUUUGGGUGUUUAUCUGCUCGGCUAGCCUCUCAGCUAGCUUCCUAGAGAGCAGCGACGGGAAGCGACGAAAACUGUAAGGACUGAUAAGUUUGGAAAGACAGAGCUGUGACUGUCGCUCUGUCCGACCCGGCAGAAGGGAUGGCACACCUUGGAGACUUGCAGAACCAGAACACCAAGCUGGACCCGGAGGAGUACUUCACCAAGCAGGAGCGGAUUGGAAAGGGUUCUUUUGGAGAGGUUUACAAGGGCCUAAACAACCGCACCAAGGAGGUGGUGGCCAUUAAAAUUAUUGACCUGGAAGAAGCCGAGGAUGAAAUAGAAGAUAUUCAGCAGGAGAUCACAGUCCUGAGCCAAUGUGAUAGUCCGUUUGUUACCAAGUAUUAUGGAUCAUAUUUGAAGGGGACCAAGCUGUGGAUCAUCAUGGAGUAUUUAGGCGGAGGAUCUGCUCUGGAUCUGCUCCGCCCCGGACCUCUGGAGGAGACCUACAUCGCCACGAUACUGCGGGAGAUUCUCAAAGGCCUCGAGUAUCUGCACUCGGAGAGGAAGAUUCACAGAGACAUCAAAGCUGCCAACGUGUUGCUAUCGGAGCAGGGCGACGUGAAGCUUGCUGAUUUCGGAGUGGCCGGCCAGCUGACAGACACCCAGAUCAAGAGGAACACGUUUGUUGGCACGCCGUUCUGGAUGGCGCCGGAGGUCAUCAAGCAGUCGGCUUAUGACUUCAAGGCCGACAUCUGGUCCCUGGGGAUAACGGCCAUAGAGCUGGCUAAAGGAGAGCCGCCCAACUCAGAGCUGCACCCCAUGAGGGUCCUGUUCCUCAUCCCCAAAAACCCCCCGCCCACCCUGGAGGGCCCCUACAGCAAACCUUUCAAAGAGUUUGUAGAGGCCUGCCUAAACAAAGACCCUCGUUUUAGGCCCACCGCCAAAGAGCUCCUGAAGCACAAGUUUAUCACGCGUCACACCAAGAAGACGACGUAUCUCACAGAGCUGAUCGACCGAUACCGGCGCUGGAAAUCCGAGGGACACGGGGAGGAGUCCAGCUCCGACGACUCAGACAUGGAUGCUGACGGUGACGUUGAGCAGACUCCCGUGUGGAACUUCCCUACAGUCAAAUCUAUAAGCCAGCUACAGCAGGGCUACCCACAGCCGGACUCAGAGUCUGGAGAUUCUAUGAAACGACAACCUAAGUCACAGUGCUUGUCUGCUUUGGUGACACCCAUAUUCAGAGAGUUGAAAGACAAGCGUCGGGCCAGCGGCGGUGGAGUAGGAGCCAUUGAGGAACUGGAGAACGCCUUCAGCCUGGCAGAGGAGUCCUUCCCAGGCAUCUCUGACCGUCUGGUCACACACAUGAUGGAGAGAGUGUGCAGGUGCCACCGGCGCCACCGACGUUCUAAAACCAACGUCACGUCUCUGACUGUAACCUGCUAAUCCGCGUUCUCCUUUCAGGUUUACUUUAAAUGGUAACAUGACUCCAUCUUCACGGUGAAACCCCCUACUGGAUGUAACGUGACCCGGCCUCGUUUUUUUUUUUUUUUUUUUUUUUUGUCCGUCUGUCCCUGAACACAACAGCUCUGACGACCACAAACAGACCACCUGUCGUACCACUGCCACCUUCCUUCUACACCCUGAAAGAGAUCUUAUAAUUAGUUACAAUUAAAUAUUUUUACAGUUUUUCUUUAAAAACGAAGAGUAUUUAACACUAAAACAAAAAGGACAAAAAAAAUAUGCCAUGCCAUUUAGACCGUUGUGUAUACCUGUUAGUGAGAAGAAAUCUACUAUAAUAAAGUCUAUUGAAAAUGA